GUGUGCAUUCUUGCUAUGCCAGCAAAGGAGCUGAGCCCCUGGUGGAGAGGCAAGCGUGGCUUCCAGGUAGGCAUUUUCCCUGGUGAGUGCGUGGAGCUCAUCAACGGAAAAAUUCCUGAGGCCCUCAUCGAUUCAGCACCAAAGCCAGUGCCAAAGAAGCGCGGCAAGCUCAUCAGCUUCCUUCGUUCCUUCGCGAAGGCCCGCCCAAAGGAACCGAAGCAGCGGGAGAUGGAGAAGGAGAAGGAAGGGGUGUUUGGCUGUGACCUGGGAGAGCAUCUUCUCCACUCUGGCCGUGACGUCCCCCAGGUCCUGCAGAGCUGCGCUGAGUUCAUUGAGCAGCAUGGCGUGGUGCAGGGGAUCUACCGCCUGUCCGGCGUGGCGUCCAAGAUCCAGAAGCUACGCCACGAAUUUGAGUCGGAGCAGAUUCCGGAGCUAAGCGUCCGUGACGUUCACAGCGUGAGCUCCCUGUGCAAGAUGUACUUCAGGGAGCUCCCGACCCCUCUGCUGACCGAGCAGCUGUAUGGCAAGUUCUCGGAUGCUGUUUGUGCCGCUACAGAUGAGGAGCGGUUGCUCAGAAUGCAGGAGGUCAUCCAGCAGCUGCCCGCGCCUCACUACAGGACACUGGAGUACCUGGUGAGGCACUUGGCUUGUCUCGCUGGGAGCUGCUCUGCCACAAAGAUGCCCGCUAAGAACUUAGCAAUUGUGUGGGCUCCCAACCUCUUCAGAUCCCAGCAGAAUGAGUCUGCCUGCGCCAGCGGAAGAGCUGCCUGCAUGGAACUGCAGAGGCAGUCGGACGUGGUAGAAUUCAUCAUCAACCACGCAGACGUCCUCUUCUGCUCCACAUCCACAUCAGGCAUCGGAGAUGGAGCAGGGCGCAGUUCUCCAUCAGGGCCCAAGUCUGUGCGGGUGUCUUCUCCUGCCACCAUGCUGCUCAGCGUGGAGGAGGCACAGGCACAGAGGCGAGGCCACAGCAGCCCUCCCGCACUGACACGCAGCACAAACAUCGAAGUGGAAGAAGGCCCCGCAGCUGCAGGGGGCAAAUUCCACACAGUCAUCGACUUUCCGUCUGAAAGACCAAGUCCACCCAGCAAGAUGAAGGAACCAGCAGCUGGCAGUUGGUGUUCCUGCUUCAGGCUGAGAGAACCAUCCUCUGUGGCCAAGCGCCAACUGCAGCACAAUGCCAGGGAGCCCUCAGAAACAGAGAUUGUGGUCCUGGCAGGUAAGGGUGCACAUCCGGCUUUCAAAACACUGCUUGUCAGCACCAUCAAGUUCAUGCUUUCAGGUAGUUUUUGA